GUGUUGCGUCAUAUUGUGCACCGUGUCCUAGAGUCAGUGUUGCGAAUCUCGUUUUCAAAGCCGAGAGCCCGCGCACAUGUCGCAUCGCGAGAUCAAAGCAUCGGCCCGACGAGUGACAGUUACGGAAGUGCGCGCUACGCGAGCGAUCUCGUCUCGGGCGCGAUGUGCACGAUUAACGGCCACGAUUGCCGCGGCAUUCGCGACUGCGUCAUUAUCAUCGCGCUCGUCGUAGCCGUGCCGUUGUUGUGAUGAUUCCGUGCGCGUUCACGCGAACUCGGUGGGUCAAGAUAGGGAAAAUAGUGAACCGACCGCGCACUUUUAAGGUUAUCCUCGCUCGUGGCGGUUUCCCAGCGCGUACAACGCGAAUGCAUCCGUAGCCUACGUUCGUAGUCCUGUCCGUGCAUCCUCUGGUGCAAGUGCGCGCGUUCCAUGCCCGUCCCUCGCGCUUUACGUCCACGUUUUCCGUGCUGCGUGUUAUAUGAAUUAUGAGGACGGAAUGCCCGCAGGCGGUAACAGUCGUUUCCGCGGUUACCCAGCGCGGAUGUCCGAACGGCAGCAGCUCGCGCUACUUUUGCAAAUGACAUCUCAGGAAAUGGUGUCAGACGUUGCAGGCACCGCUGGUUUACCCGACAAGAGUGCAACGACUACUCUCGACAAACCGUGCUCUCCUUCCGAGACGAGCACACCAGGGGCAACAACAGCGACAGCAGCAGCAGCAGCGCCGUCGAGCGAACAAGAGGAGCAGCAACCGCUCUCUUAUCAAUACCACACGCAGUACCAACAGCAACAGCAGCAACGCGCAGCCGGAAAUACCGCAGCCGCUGCAUCGCACGUUGCUGACGAUAGUGGAGCCUCCUGUGAGAUGCGGAGGACACCACCACAAAAUAAAGUCGAUAGAUCGGGAACUGGGCAGUCUGGAAGCUCGCCGAGGGUGACGCUUCGACUUAACCAGGUGCGAGGAGCGAGGGAUGAAAAGAAAGGGGCAUCAAAUUCCCGUCAGGGCAUCAUGAGUACACAGGGUCAAAGCUCCAUGGAGACUUCGGCGAAGACACCAGCCAAUACAUCGUCAACAAGCGCAAAUGCAGUUUCAGGUACUAGCACAUCCGGCAAUGCACCAUCUACUGAUAGCGGUGACAUAUACGAGUUUAAGAGCUCGAAAGAACCGACACCGGUGAGAGGCGCAAGCUCAUCUCCGAAUCCUAAUCCAGACAAAGAUAAGGAUGGUGGCGGUAAAUCUUCAAAUGGUCAGAAUAACCACAGUAGUGAUAAUAAUGCAUCCACUGCCAGUGGUUCAUCAAUAUCUGCAAAUGAAGCAAUAACGACGCCAUUAACUUCUGAUGAAGUCUCGACUGCUUCAAUGUCGCCAUCAUCGAAGCGUACCUUUGAGAGCGAUAAUGCGGAAGAGCAAGAUGAGGAAAAUCGUCGGAAGAAACGAAAAGAUUCCGAGAACGUGAAAGAGACCGCAAAGAAUAACACAUUAGGAAGGCAAAAUAUCAAUAGGAAUGCUGUUAGUGCUGGAGAAAAGUGUGUUAAAUCAGGUAAACAAGGAUCUGGAGUGACGUCCGGCAAAGGAAGUCAAAAUACGAGUUCUAUCAAUGCAGAUAGAAAGAGUCCUAGUACUUCUUCAAUGGCCAGUAGCCCAAAACCUUUGAAUACUUCUAAUUCGACGAAUGUGAAAACUAGUAUCCCAGCACUUGAAUCUGAUGGCGAAGAAGAUCGAUCAAAGUGUUCCGAUUCUAAUAUUGCUCCUAAAGUACCACCUCUGAAGAUAGUUAUUCCACAAAGUACGGCAUCAGAACAAGAGCAAGGCAAUAGAAACGGUAAAAAUAUUGCAAAUAGAAGUCAUCAAUUACCUUAUGUAGUUGCUAGCUCGAACAGCAACGAUUCAACUGAAAAAGACCAAAAUCAGUCAGCUAGUGGAACAACUAGUCCUACAGAAAGUGGCACUAAUACAAAAGGGGAAGAUAAGAAGGAUUUUGCUACAACUUUACAUGGAGAGGAAAGAUCAACACAUCAUCAAAGAGUAUUGAGAAGUUCACAUAGAACUGGAAAUGGUAGUAAUGGUUCCACAGCGUCAAAAGAAACCGCUCCUUCGUCAGGUAAUGGAAAUUAUUCCAAUUCGUCGCCAUUACCAAUUAAUACUUCCAUGGAUCGUUCGAAUAAUUCCUCACCGCAACAAAGACAUCAUUCUCCAACACCUGAAAUAAUUGGAUCUGAUGUUAAUAAAGCUACUUCGUCGGAAUCGACAAAUGUAGGGACUGUCUCAAAAUCUAAUACAACCGUGGAGAAGUUGGAUAAAAAUAUGGAUGGUACAGGAAAAAAUCAAAAAGAUAAUAGUACAGAAAAUUUGGAGAAUAUCUCGGUAACUACCUCCUCUACGAUGUCUAAUGCCGGUACACCGGCACCAACUGUAGAACUUCAUCCUAGAAAGAGAAAAAUGAAACCUAACAAAGAAGCACAACAAGCUGCGGCUACAGCUGCUGCCAGUGAAGCAGCUGAAGCAAUUAAUACGGGACCAGAAAUUCAUCCACAUGAUCAACCAAUUACUAAUUGUUAUCAAUUAUACCUUAAUAUUAGAAAGCAGAUUGAAAGAAGACGAAAGAGCUUAUUUCCUGUUCAACCAAAACCUCCUCAGGGUUUUAAGGAUUAUUUGAUGAAUCGCUGUACAUAUGUAUUAGCUAGUAAUGCAAAAGAGCCAAAUGUUAACCCACCAGCUGGUUUGCAUGGAGCUAUGAAAGAUUUAUACAUUGAACAAGAAAAAGAGCGAUAUCGUCUUAGAAUGCAACAUGUGGUUGAAAAAGAGAAAUUAGUUUUGUCAGUGGAACAGGAAAUCCUUAGAGUUCACGGUAGAGCAGCUAGAGCGCUUGCUAAUCAGUCUCUUCCCUUUUCUGUUUGUACAAUUCUCAAAGACGAAGAAGUUUAUAACGUCAUCACUCCCGAACAGGAAGAAAAAGAUAGAAAUGCAAGGAGUAGAUACAAUGGUAGAUUAUUCUUAAGCUGGCUUCAAGAUGUAGAUGACAAAUGGGAAAAAAUUAAGGAAGGUAUGUUGCUGAGACAUCAUAAUGAAGCAGAAUCAUUACAUGCUGUUCAACAAAUGCAUUGGGAAUGGAAAUUGAAAGAAGUGGGGCUCUGUGAAUCCAAAGUGACUCCUCAAAUAGAAGAUGUUCAUGUUCCAAUGGUACAUGUUUCAGACGAUUUCGAUUUGUUACCAGCUUAGUGUACAAUAUCCAUACAAUUUAAACUGGUAUUUGAGCUAUUCAUUUUUCAUGUCUUUGAAACAACUUCAAAGAUAAUUUUAAUCUGUGAUCUCUAUUAAUGUAUGCACUGUAAACUAAUUUUCAUGACACAACAGAAAUGCGAACACAUAUGUAAUUCUACAAUAUUGUGAUUGAAACAAAUUCCUUCAAAAGAUGGGUAAAUUAAUAAAUCAUUGCACUUAAAUCAAGAUUUUGAUUUUAAACAGAAAGAAGAAUUAAAAGAGGCUAAAAUUGGAAUUAGUAAGAUUUUUUUUAAAUAGACAUAUAGCUUUAUAUUUGCAGUUUAACUUUUGACAAUAUCAGUGAGAUUAGACUACACUAUGCCAAAAAUUUAGAAGAAUACUCUUUCAUUUUAUAUAGUUGAGACAAUUAAAAUAGAAUAACAUCAAUUUACUUGUAUGGAAAAAAAAUAUUCAUGUGCCUUGAAUUUUUCAUUAAAUUAGGAGUAGUCAAAAUAUUAAUAAAUUUGUAGUGAUCAUAUAUACUAUCUUUGACGAUGCGGCUUUGCUACAUAUGUUUUUAAAGGUCAACUAUGAAGACUGAAAAUCUGAGACUAUAUAAUAGCUAUAAAUUAUGAAAUAUCAUUUUUAUUUUACAAUUAAAAGAGAGAACUGUAUUAUAAUUGUGUGAUAUUUAUAAUCAGCAUAGUGUACAUAUAUUACAUGUGCAUAAAUUUUUUUUUUAAAGAGAUCAAAAUAAUUCGCUAAUUGGUAAACGACGUAUAGCUGGCCGCAGAUCAAAGUGCACUUGAUUAAAAACUCAUUUUAUUUAUUACAAGAGCUAAAUUAUAAAAUUCAAUUUUAUACCACACUUCUAUGUAAAAAAAAUAUCAAAAAAGUUUCAAAAUCAGAAAAUUUAAUUUUUCUGAAAAUAAAAAAAUGUUAAAUAUGUUAUUAGAUCUGUAAUAAUGUGCAACUAAUUAAAUACAAAUCAUUCGAAGAUUCCCGUAGUUUUAUAUUAAUUGCUUGACGAAAAAAAAUAAUUACAAUAUCUUUUAUCACUCAUCUCUUGCACAGUGUAUGUAAAUGUAGCAUUUGUGCAAGUACAAAUCAAUAUACUAUACAUAUAGAAUUGUAAUCGCUGGAAGCUAAUGUUAAAUAAGAAAGAAUAAGAAUGAUGUAUCUCUCUUUUUAUUGCGCCAAUGAAACAUCAAUAACAAUCAGUCGAAGUGUGUUAUUCUAUUUAAUUCGAAGAGUUUUUAAGUCUCUUGUAAUAGAAAGCAGUACAACAAGUCUAGUAAAUAUUCAUUUUUUAUAAAUAUUAUAUUUGUAUAUGCUCAUUUAUACAUAUAUAUGAAUUGUAACUAAAAAUUGUGUUUUAAUAUUGAUUUAUAAUAAAUAUGAAUAGAUAAAUAUAACAGAUUGAAAAAUAUGUAUUCAAACAUUGAUAAAGUACAGGUGCCCAUUAGGCUUGAAAACUAGUAUUGCUUUCUCAGUUAUCGCGUCAAAAUAGACCAGUGUGACAUGUGCGACUUUGGUAUGAUAUAAAAAAGAUAAAUAAAAUUCUAUAAUUUGAAUGUGUUUUCAAACAAGAUACUUGUUAAAUUUUUUUUACUAAAAGCAUAUGUAAAAUAUAAGCCUCUUGAUAAGCUGAUAAGUUUUUUUAAAUAUUAGUACUUUAACAGAAAUUAUUAGUGUACUAUUUUUAAUGUACUAUUAUUAGUGUAAUGGCAAUAUUAAGAAAUUGCUGUUAUUAUGGUGGAGUUAAUAAGCAAUCUGUAAGCAGUCUGCAAAAUAUAAUCAUUUAGCUGAUAGAGAUUGCAAGCAACCGAAGAUACGAUUAUUAUUUUUUUUUAUGAUAAAUUGAAUAACAGACAACCAUGCUUGAUUGUUGCCAGAACUCUGCUAACAUAAUAUGUAGAGCACAUUUUUUGAUACAUCUAGCAGAUUUAGCUAUUUGAAAACAAGAUGUCUCAAAAAUUACUGUAUAAUACUUUAAUCAUGUAUUUUGAAGAUAGAAUAAAAAAACCUAAUACGA